GCCGCGAAUCGCGCCGCCCGCUAGCAUGAGGAGGAAAAAACCCGUGGAACAUAAUUCCCGUUCCAGCUGAAAACCUGAACGGGAGCAACCGACAGGCUGUAACCCCCGCCCCACGGUGUGCAGAGGAAGGGGAGAAGCCGCCAGCCCAACAGGGUCCUUCUUGCUGAGCUACCCGAGCCGGGCUCCGGGGGUCCCCCCUUGCUACCAGCCGCCGCCAGGGAUAAUGGGGGACCCGUAUCUCAAGCCGUCCUGUAAGCAACAGAACCGGGGCUGAGGGGAGAGAGGAGCAGGUCCUGAGCCGCACUAGGAAGCUGCCUCCUCCUGGGGAUUGGGGUGCCUGGUGCUCGCCGAUCGCCUCUCCGCCCAUGUGCUUGACUUGUGCCCAACUGAACAGCCGAUAGUGAGACCCAGCUGGAAAGAGACUCACUUGCUGGGUGGGGGGAUUAGGAAGGGCAGGGUGUCAGGAGGCUGCCCCUGCCGUUCCCCGCCUUACCAGGGGUGCACUGAGCCUGGGAAGAGAUGCCUUUGUGCCCGGUCCUCGCCAAAGGAUAGCACCGUGGAGGAGCAGGAAGACAGGGAGAAGAGGGGCAAGCACCUGUCCUUCUCAUUGCAGGCUUUGCAGCUAGUUUGCUCGGAAUACAUCGGUUUUCCCCCUCUGACAUACAGGUGCAGCAGAGGGAAGUGGAAUAAGGGAGAUACAGAGCGAGCUGCACAAAGGUAAAACGGGACUGCAUGUCUUUGUGUGGCUCCUGGUUUUAAGGGGGGCGGGGAGGGAAGGGAAGUUCUGCCUAUUAAAUAGGGAGCGAUUGGAAACUAAGGGGUUGCAAAAAGAAAAAGAGGAAGCAUCUGAAAAAAGGGGAGUGAGGGGAGAAGUAGGAAGGGAAAGAAACCAGGAGGUAAGAAGAGAAUCAGAAAGAGAAAGGGAGACAGAAAAGUGCAGAAGGGCAGAGAAACAGGGAAGGAAAGAGGCAGGGAGAGAGAAGAGUAGAAAAGUAGAGAGUGAAGGGGAGAGGCAGACCCUCGCCCCCUUGUGCUGUGCAAGCCUAGUGGUGCCUCCUUUCUGGUGACUCUGGCUAGCUCCUCCAUAUUAUGUCUGCACUCCGAAGGAAAUUUGGGGACGAUUACCAGGUAGUGACCACCUCUUCCAGUGGCUCAGGCUUCCACCAGCAGCAAGCAGCAGCAGCUGCUCCUAGAAGAAAGAGGCAGCGAUUUGUGGACAAGAAUGGUCGUUGCAAUGUGCAGCAUGGCAACUUGGGCAGCGAGACAAGCCGCUACCUAUCGGACCUGUUCACCACCCUGGUGGACCUCAAGUGGCGCUGGAACCUCUUUAUCUUCAUUCUCACUUACACUGUGGCCUGGCUCUUCAUGGCCUCCAUGUGGUGGCUCAUUGCCUACAUGCGGGGUGAUCUGAACAGAGCCCAUGAUGAUAACUACACUCCCUGUGUGGCCAAUGUCUACAAUUUCCCUUCUGCCUUCCUGUUCUUUAUUGAAACUGAGGCCACCAUUGGCUAUGGCUACCGCUAUAUCACUGACAAAUGCCCCGAGGGUAUCAUCCUCUUCCUCUUCCAAUCCAUCCUGGGCUCUAUUGUGGAUGCCUUCCUCAUUGGCUGCAUGUUUAUCAAGAUGUCCCAGCCUAAGAAGCGGGCAGAGACACUGAUGUUCAGUGAGCAUGCUGUCAUCUCCAUGCGGGACGGCAAACUUACCCUUAUGUUCAGGGUAGGCAACCUUCGCAACAGCCACAUGGUCUCUGCGCAGAUCCGCUGCAAGCUACUUAAAUCUCGGCAGACACCUGAGGGCGAGUUCCUCCCUCUCGAUCAACUUGAACUGGAUGUAGGUUUUAGCACAGGGGCAGAUCAACUUUUUCUUGUUUCCCCACUUACAAUCUGCCAUGUGAUUGAUGCCAAAAGCCCCUUCUAUGACCUCUCUCAGCGAAGCAUGCAAACUGAACAGUUUGAGAUUGUCGUCAUCCUAGAGGGCAUUGUGGAAACAACUGGGAUGACAUGUCAAGCCCGAACGUCAUAUACCGAAGAUGAAGUUCUCUGGGGUCACCGUUUUUUCCCUGUGAUUUCCUUAGAGGAAGGAUUUUUUAAAGUAGACUAUUCCCAGUUCCAUGCAACAUUUGAAGUCCCUACUACACCCUACAGUGUGAAAGAACAGGAAGAAAUGCUUCUUAUAUCUUCCCCUUUAAUAGGACCAGCUGUAAGUAACAGUAAAGAAAGGAAUAAUUCUGUAGAAUGUCUAGAUGGUCUAGAUGACAUUAGUACAAAGAUACCCUCAAAACUGCAGAAAAUGACUGGAAGGGAAGACUUUCCCAAAAAACUACUAAGGAUGAGUUCUACAACCUCUGAAAAGGCCUACAGCAUCGGGGAUUUACCUAUGAAACUUCAGCGAAUAAGCUCAGUUCCUGGCAACUCAGAAGAGAAACUGGUAUCUAAAACUACAAAGAUGAUGUCAGAUCCUAUGAGUCAGUCUGUGGCUGAUUUGCCACCAAAGCUUCAAAAAUUGUCAGGAGGAGGAGCUAGAAUGGAGGGAAAACUUCCACCCAAAUUGAGGAAGAUGAAUUCUGAUCGCUUUACAUAACAAGAAUAGACAUUUAGAUAUUAUUUAAAGUUUGAAUUAUUAGUCAAUCCAAUUUGGGCAGGAAAGCAAACUCUCUGAAGAGGGUAUAAUAGCUAAAAGGUGAAAGUUUCCUAAGCACUACAUGCAAACUGGGACAGCAGUGUUCUUCCCAGAUAAUGAUGUACUGUAAGUAUAAUGUUAUAAGGAAAGACCUGAAGUCCUGACUGAGGUCAUAGGAGAGCAAAUAUUAAUUGGCAUGUAGUAUCACAACAAGCAUGCAAUAAUAGUGUGCAAUUUUUGCAUAUAGUUUUCUGGCAUGAUUCUUACUAUAUUUAUAUUGUAUAUUCUGAAAAUAUGUAAAGGGGCGGGUGUAAUUCUCCCCUCUAUUUCUUAAGGGUAAGUAGUAGGUAAAACAUGAGUAGGAAAGUUUCAGGGCAAGUUAUAAUUUAAUUUAAAGUGUAUUUAUUUUUUCUGAUGUAAAUUGUGAUGUUUUGUUCAAACGAAGUAGUUAUGGUGCAUGUUUUCUUUCUUAAAAUAAGGCUAUAAGCAUUAGUCAAUUCCAAACACCAAAUUUCUUAGCCUUAAAUUAUUUGCUUUAAUAAUGUCUUUGUUUUUUUCCCUGCCAUUACAAUGCUGGGAGAAUUUAAAGUGUACUUCAUAAGAGGUAUUAGCAAAAAAUUGUACUAUUUAGGGCUGGGCAAAAUAUCUCAAAGUUUGUGUUUUAAGUACAAAAUGUAAAAUAAAAUCAUGAGAUCAUUUUCAUGACUAAUAAUAUUAGUGUAACAAAACAUUCAAAAUGGGCACAUCUGCUUGAUUUUCUUAUGUAAGUGGUAUCAGUCUGAUAGGAAAAUGUAAAAUCGACUACUUAGACUUUGAGUGAAAUUUUGUCCCAAUUACAUUAAAGGCAAAAUACCGAUUAGCUUCAAUGGGGCUGGGUUUUCACUCUCCACAUUUGGGACCCAGUCAUGCAAACUGUUACUUGUGCAUCAGUGGGACUACUUGUCUGAUUAGAGACUACUCACUUGAGUAAGAGUGUGCAGGAUCUUUUGCUUUAGUUUUCCAACCAAAUUGGAAUCUCACAAUCAGAAUUAUUUUUUCUGAAUUUUCAAAAAUUGCUAAAUCACUUACUGAAACGGCAAAAAAUGUUAAUGCGCUCUUAUUGUCGACAAAGUCCAUCUAGGCAACUUUCUCCUCUCUUUUAGGGGAAUUUUUCUCUCUUGCUUUUUGAAGUGCAAGAGGUCAAUUCUUCAUAAAUGUAUUUUUGAACUUGUUUUAUUUUUCAUUUCACUUCGUUCUAAAUUCUCUUGGCAGAGAUGAGCCAGCCUGGG